CUUGGACUCUUGGCAGCCCAGAACAUCAAGAGCAGAGAGAGCCUGGGCUCUGGGCUAGGGUUGCCUGACUUAAAGGAGCAGGCUCCCCAUUCCGCAAGCCCCUCUAAACUGCCCCCUCCAGCCCUCCUUGAUCCCCGUCUCCCGGUCUGAGGACCUCUGCCUCUGAAGCCACCACUGGGUCCCUCUGAGCGGUCCAUGCGCACGCUCUCAGGAUGAACUGCAUGUCAGAUUUCUUCACCUACGAGACCACCAAGUCUGUGGUUGUGAAGAGCUGGACCAUUGGGAUCAUCAACCGGGCAGUUCAGCUUCUCAUCAUCUCCUACUUUGUGGGGUGGGUUUUCUUGCACGAGAAGGCGUACCAGGUGCGAGACACAUCCAUUGAGUCCUCCGUGGUAACCAAGGUGAAGGGCUUUGGGCGCUACGCCAACAGAGUCAUGGAUGUGUCUGACUAUGUGACACCACCCCAGGGCACCUCCGUCUUUGUCAUCAUCACCAAGAUGAUCGUCACUGAAAACCAGAUGCAAGGGUUCUGCCCAGAGAGCGAGGACAAGUACCGCUGUGUAUCAGACAGCCAGUGCGGGCCCGAGCGCUUCCCGAGUGGGGGGAUCCUCACCGGCCGCUGCGUGAAUUACAGCUCCGAGCUCCGCACCUGUGAGAUCCAGGGCUGGUGCCCUGCCGAGGUGGACACAGUGGAAAGGCCUGUCAUGAUGGAAGCCGAGAACUUCACUAUUUUCAUCAAGAAUAGCAUCCGUUUCCCCCUCUUCAACUUUGAGAAGGGAAACCUCCUGCCCAAUCUGACCGCCGCCGACAUGAAGACCUGCCGCUUCCACCCUGACCAGGCCCCCUUCUGCCCCAUCCUGAGGGUGGGGGAUGUGGUCAAGUUUGCGGGGCAGGAUUUUGCCAAACUGGCCAGCACGGGCGGGGUUCUGGGCAUUAAGAUCGGCUGGGUGUGCGACCUGGACAAGGCCUGGGAGCAGUGCAUCCCCAAAUACUCCUUCACCCGGCUGGACAGCGUUUCUGAGAAGAGCAGCGUCUCCCCGGGCUACAACUUCAGGUUUGCCAAGUACUACAAGUUGGAGAAUGGCAGCGAGUACCGCACGCUCCUAAAGGCUUUUGGCAUCCGCUUCGACGUGCUGGUGUACGGGAACGCAGGCAAGUUCAACAUCAUCCCCACCAUCAUCAGCUCCGUGGCAGCCUUCACCUCCGUGGGAGUGGGGACUGUCCUCUGUGACAUCAUCCUGCUCAACUUCCUCAAGGGGGCCGACCAAUACAAAGCCAAGAAGUUUGAGGAGGUGAACGAGACGACACUGAAGGUCGCUGCCUCGGCCAACCCAGUGUUCCCCAGCGACCAGACCCCGGAGGAGAAGCAGUCCACUGAUUCAGGGGCCUUCUCCAUCGGCCACUAGGGCCUCCACCCAGGGCCCCACACUCACUGCUGGGCUCCAGGCCUCCCAACAGAGGACCCCAUCGGGCAAGGAGGAUGGGAGAGGGAGGGCUCUCCUUUCUGCUGCUCACCCCAUGAGGCCACAGCUGGAAGGCAACUGGGUCUCCCAGUGCCCCCUACUGAGACUUCACUCUCACCUUCACCCCUUGCCUGGCCCCUGUCUGCUUGCCAGGACCCCUGGGGCAGCAGCACCUGAGUCUUCCCCUUUCCAAAGAAUAGAGAGAAUAAUAGUAAUAAUGAGUGCCUGCCAAGUGCCCGGUACUCCACACACACUAGCUCAUUUAAUCCUUAGAAUAAUCCCAUGACGUAGAUAUUAGGUUCCCCGUUUUGAAGAUAAACUGAGGCUCAGAGAGACUGAAUCCUUUGCCCGAGAUUACACAGCCAGGCAGCGAGAGAGCUGGGAUUUGAACCCAGGUCUCCAUGGCCCACACCUCACAAGAGGAAGGGCAACUCCCACGGGUGUGCCCUGCUGCUCCAGCCUCCUCCACCCUGACCAAGGUUAGGUUCAGCUUAAUAAAGAGUAAGCCUCAGGCUGGCCCCGGGAACUUGGGCCCCAUUUGAGGGGAGACCAGUGAGACUGGUGUGAGUUCUCUUUCUCUGAGUCAGGUGGGUCCCCAAAUGAGAAGGAAACAGGAGGCGUGACUGUCGGUGAAUUUUCCUUACCUCAUCCCACAGCUCUGUCCCCACACCAGGGCCAUUCUUGUUCUCUCUCCGGGACCCUAGAUGUACCCACACACAUCUGGACCCCUCACUGCAGGAACCGGAUUUGGCCACCCCGGUGGGAGGGGAUUCCUGGACCUGAGGCCCUGCUCCAGGAGGUCAGCCGUCCUCCUUGAAAAUGCUGGUGAAAAGACCCCAGUGAGCCCCAGUGCCCUGCGAGCAGCUGGUCAGCCAGGCCUGUCCCCACAGGGUCCUGAUAAGGUGGUCAGUCUCCUAAAUGCCAGAAACUAAAGGGUCUUAGAAACCAUCUCGUCUGACUCUCCUAUUUACCGACAGCGAACUGAGGCGGGAGACGGAAAAUGACUGUGGUCAGUCGUGGUCUGACUGUCUGGUGGUUAGUGCCCUGGCACUUGGGAAGGAGGAAGAACAGGGCGCUGGCAGGGCUGUGAGAGGGCGCCAGGUGCACCCUGCCUCCACUUCCCCUCCCAGGCAGAGCUCAGGGGCAGAUCUCGGUUUUAUGAAGCCUGAAGCAUAUACAUCUUGGGGCAUCUUUAAAAAAAUAAUACAAAAUUGGGUAUUAGAAGGGGCUCGUGCAAGUGAGCAGCCCUGAAGUAUGUUCCACCAGCUUCCAGGCGGACCACCUCUGGAGGAGCUGGAGUGUGGGCAUGACCUUGAGGGCUGAGCAGAAAGGAGCUGAACUGCAGAUGGAGGGCCAGCCCCUCCUCAGUGGUGCAGGGGACAGGGGAGAUGUGCGGAAGAGGCACCUUUGGGAGUAGUUUGGGAGGAUCAAGCCAUGGGCACUUGCAAAGGCCCCACCCUGGUGACCCCCCACCCCAGGGGGAGAAGGGGUAAGAUUCCCCCACAUGAGGUCCCUUUCCCCUCCCCCCACUCUGCCUCAUCUCAGCCCCAUCCUCAGGAAGGUGGGAUGACACCUCCCCAGGGGCAGCCUUGGGAAUCGGCAGUGUCUGGAGAUCUGGCCAGCAGACCUCAGUGGAAGGCAGCACCAUGUUCUCCACCCAGAGGCCCACAGGCACCCUGCCUUCCCACCCUCAUGCACCCAGUUUCAGGAGGCUGGGGUCACAGGAAUGUUCUCUGAGGAGGAGGUCUAGGCAGCUAUAUCCUGGGGGAACCCUUUCUCCCAACCCUCCCUUUCCUCCAGGCUGGGUGGUCCUGAGCCUGCCAGCAAGUGUGUAAACUCAGGAGUGUGAGCCUGACCUUGUCCUCCCCACAGCUGAGCUAAGUGACCGCUCUGUGUGCUGGACUUAGGGGGUAUCAGCAGUAACAACAACAGCAAACUCUUCUCUGCUGCCUCAUGGUGUCCUCAGCACAAUCACCAACAUAAUCACACACCAACCCUGGUGAGGCUGCUGUGUUCAGUUAUUGACCCUGUGAUAUAGAAAAAGAAACAACAUAUGGAAAUUGGAACUGGGACCCAUGCUCAUUCCUAACUCUACAUUGCUUCUUUAAUUACUCAGCAUAAAAGCUAACAUUUAGUGAGAAUUUGCCAUGGCCAAGCAAUGGGCUACAUACGUUAGAGGGUUUGUCUAAUUCAACCCUCAUUUCACAGAAGAAGAAACGAAGGCUGAGUAAGGAUAAGAAACUGAAAUGGGGCAAGUGGGACUUCAGGACUCCAGAGCCUGGGAUCUUGACUUCUGUGCGACAUCUGCCUGGGGGAAAGUUAGGAAAUUUGUCGACACCUUCUUUCCUCUAAGUUUCAGUUAGGCUAAACCAAGUUUUGCCACAGUAACAAAUCAACUGCAAAAUCUCAAGGUUUAACAUGACGAAGUCAACCAGGCAGCCCCCUCCAUCGGGGAGUAUACCAUCAGAGGCACAUAGCAAGCCAAGUGAGAAUGGGUGGGUUGUAGGGGUCAUUAAAGGCCAGUCCUGGAAGUUGCUUGCAUCACUUCCAACCACAUGGCACUGGCCAGACUCAGUCGCAUGGUGAGGAGCCCAACAAUACUACAAGGAAUCCCAGGAUAUAGUCUUCCUGGGUCCCCAUGAAGAGAAAAUAGUGAGCGCAGCACUCUCUGCUUCAUCAUCUCCUUUUCAAUGGCUCUUCUUCUCCACAACUAGCCUCACCCCCCACCCCCAUGCCCACUGACCGUUCCAUGUGUCCUUCCCUUCUGUGUUGCUUCUCACAAAACCUUGUUCUCAGCAAAUUACCAGUCAAUCUCCCAGUGGUAUUAAUAAAUAACAUACUCAGGAGUUUCUUCUCCUACGAGUAUUUGCUUUUUAAUCAAGAGCUAUUCAACACUGAAAGGCCUUAAAACAGCCAAAGGAAUGAAUAUAUAAUGGUUGAAGUUGAGGCCCAAUAACAAACAAUCCUAUAUAAUAAAGAGCUAAUGCAAAUGGUCAUCACACCCUCACGCCCUCGCACCCUCAUGCAGGAACUGCUCAGACACUCAACACUGGGGAGAGAGGAAUGGGACCAGCCAGGCUGCGGCCCGGGAGAGGGACAAGCCACCCACUCCGCAGUCCCCUGCAGCUGUGGCCAGCCUGGGCAAAGCUGGCCCAAGUCCUGGGUGCCUGCAGCUGGCCAGAGAGAGGGAAGCCCAGGUCCCGGGUGCCUGCGACUGGCCGGAGGAGGGAAUCCUGGGUCCCGGGUGCAGGGCAAGGCAGAGGUGGUUAGGGACGAUCAGGCCAGCAGGGGAGCAGUUAGGGGCAAUCAGGCCUGUAGGGGAGCAGUUAGGGGUGAUCAGGCAGGCAGAGGUGGUUAGGGACAAUCAGGCAGGCAGAGGUGGUCAGGGGUGAUCAGGCAGGCAGGCAAGCAGUUAGGAGUCAGUGGUCCUGGAUUGCGAAAGGCAGUCGGACAUCUCCCAAGGGGUCCCGGAUUGGAGAAGGUGCAGGCCAGGCUGAGGUGAUCCUCCCUCCAUGCACGAAUUUCAUGCAUUGGGCCUCUAGUAUUAGAUAUUUGGGGAAUAUCUUAUCUACACUGGCUUGCCUGGAGCAAGCUUCAGACUGAAGGGCUCUGAGCCACCACCAACACCCUUUCCCCUCCUUCCCUCUACCUCUAAUCUUGACUGGCAGGAUACUGAGCUACUGGGGUUGGCUAGAGCCAAUUUCCCAUCAAGAAGAAAAGUAGAGGUUGAGAAAAGGGGGUUUACUAUUCGGCUGAAAUUCCAGUCCCAGAGCUACCUAUGCAGAGCUUCCCUUACUGCUUAUCUUCCAACCCCCCACCCCCUAUAGCAAGGUUCAACUGUUCUUUUAGAAGCA